CAUUGCACUUUUGGCAGGGGCAAAAAUGUAGCCACAGUACAGUGUUGCAUUUUGAUGAGCGCGGCUGAAUCUGCUCACACACCCCGACUAGUUGACUGGAUUGAAAACAUGGCUGCUGCCGAAUGUGCAGCAAAUUUACGGAAGUGAGGUGCCCACAUUCUGCAGCAGAGGAGAGAGCACCAGGAUGAGGAGACUGUAGGCAUCCGCCGUAGUAUGGCCGCGUCCCGUUCCUCGCGUGUCACAAGGUCAUCAGUGGGGCUCAAUGGAUUGGAUGAGAACUUUUGUGGUCGAACCCUCAGGAACCGCAGCAUUGCACAGCCAGAGGAGACCUCCGUGUCUCCGCUGCCCAGGGCCCGCUCACCUAAGAAGAAGCAGGACUCAAAGCAGGACUCAAAGCAGGACUCAAAGCAGGACUCAAAGCAGGACGCCAAGCAGGACGCCAAGCAGGACGCCAAGCAGGACGCCAAGCAGGACUCAAAACAGGACUCAAAGCAGGACACCAAGCAGGACACCAAGCAGGACUCAAAACAGGACUCAAAACAGGACUCAAAACAGGACACCCAGCAGGACAGCCAGCACCAGACCUCAUUGCAGGGAAAGGUAGCUGACUCAAAGGCAUCUCCAGCUGAGUCGGAGCAAUGGACCAGCUCCAGGAAACGGGGAAUGUCCUGUUCAGAAAAGGACAUUGGUCCAGAGAAGUCCGAGAACUGUGAGAGAGGGAAGGGGGCACGGGAUGCCUCUCCUCAAAUUAAAAGGGCCAAGCGGUGCUCCCGCUCUGGAGAUUCUCAGGGACCUGACGAGGACCCUCAGCCUCUGAAAUCUGAAAGUCCUGUCUCUGUCCCAGAGUCCAGCAAAGACAACAACAGUGAAGAUUUGCCUAGCCAAAACUCUGCUAACACAGCCACGUCCUCGCCUGACCUCAGUAAAGAGGAAGUUGAGGUAAAGGAGAGCAAGGCAGAGGAUGGCCAUGUUGAGUGUGACGGGGCAGCUGAGGCUCCAAACACUCACAAGGCCUCUAAUGGACUUGGAGAGACUAAAGCUGAGGAUAAGGAACCUAACACGCUCACUGGAGAGCCUAGCGCAAAUUCCACCUCUGCCACCAAUUGCCCUUCGCUGCUCAAUGGUAGCCAGACGGGGGCUCCCUCAUCCCCUGACCCCAUUGUGCCUUGUAGAAACUCUGUCCCCGGGCAGACGGAGGCUGCCCCGGGACAGAGUGGCUCAGGGGAAUCGCCGGCGACAUUGGAGGCUGUUCCAGAGGAUCCUGUCCCUGAGUUGAUAGUAGCUAAGGAGCAGGAAGUGGAGGAGGUUGAGGUGGAUGUGGUGGGCGAGUCCAUGUGUCUGGCUCACGAGGAGCAGGUGACAGAGGGUGAGAGCAGUGCCAAUGGCCGGCCACUCACACUGGUGCAGGAAGCUGCUGCCUCCACCUCCUCCACCACCGCUAACAUGAACAAUAACCCAAUCAACAGCAACAGCAACUCAGGAGAAACCACACCCCCAUUAGCACCAACCCCCUCCCCCACAGAGCCAGGAUGCAACCCCUCAGUUUCUGGCACACCCCCCUCUUUCACAGAGCCUCACGAACACAGAUACACCCUGCGGACUUCUCCUAGGAGGCCUGCCACUAGUGGCAAACCCUCCUCCCCCAAACCCAACUCCCCUCCCAGAGACAAUGGUCCCCUGAGGGAAGAAGGGGAGUUGGUGGUGGGGCCAGAGGAUGACUGUCCCAUGCUGGAGGAGCCUACUCCCUCAGCCUGCGUGGGCCCCUCCAGUGGGGAGCAGGCCCCUGUGGAUCCUGGGGACAAGGCAGGUGGCGAGGGCAGUCGGCCUGCGGAGGGUGAUGAGGCUGGGAGCUGCAAGGAGCCAACACAAAUCCAAGCAACAGAGGAGGAUGAUGAGGAGGAGGAAGAACCAGACGUGUAUUACUUUGAGUCUGACCACCUGGCUCUGAAACACAACAAAGAUUAUCAGAGGCUGCUGCAGACCAUUGGAGUGCUUGAGGCCCAACGCACGCAGGCCAUCCUGGACCUGGAGACUCUGGCCCGCCACCAGAGAGAGGCACUCGCUGACCCCAUCAGCUUUGUGGAGCAUCUGCAGAAACGGGUGAACCUGGGCUUGCCCUGCCCCCAGCGGGUCGUCCAGUUGCCUGACAUCGCAUGGGAGCAGUACACCUCAGGCCUGGGAGACUUUGAGAGAGAAUUCUGCGACAAGAAGCGCAAAACCAGGCGGCUGAAGCUGAUCUUCGACAAGGGGUUGCCUGUCCGACCAAAAAGUCCCGUGGAGCCCAAGAGGGAAGGCGAAUCCUCCACCAUGUACUCCUCUCUGCCCACUAGUGAUGCUCCAGAGAACGGCAGGCAAACGCAGAUGAUCAGGGGGAGGUUAUGUCACUCAAACAAGCCUGACACAUUUAACCAGCUGUGGACUGUGGAGGAACAGAAAAAACUGGAGCAGCUUCUCCUUAAGUUUCCACCUGAGGAAGUAGAGUCCAGAAGAUGGCAGAAGAUUGCAGAUGAGCUGGGCAACAGAACAGCAAAACAGGUUGCCAGUAGGGUUCAAAAGUAUUUCAUCAAACUGACAAAAGCUGGUAUCCCCGUGCCUGGAAGAACACCCAACAUGUGCAUGUACACUAAAAAGUCAUCCAAUAAGCGGCAGCACCACCUUAACAAGCACCUGUACCGGCGGUCGACAUUCCUGACCUCUUACGAGCCCCCGGUCUACAUGGAGGAAGAUGAUGAGCGCGCAGCUUAUUAUGGCAGCGUCCCGGACCCUUCUCCUGAUGACUCGGAUGAGGACGUACCUGUGGAGUUGAGACACUUGCCAGAGUACAAGGAGCUUCUGGAGCUGAAGCGGCUGAAGAAGCAGAAGCUACGGGAGAUCCAGGAGGAGAGCGCUGUGGUGCAGCACCUUGGCUACAAGUGUGACAUGUGUGGCAUGGAGCCCAUCCAGGGAGUGAGGUGGCACUGUCAAGACUGUCCCCAGGACAACGCGGUGGAUUUCUGCUCCAACUGCUCUGACUGCUUGUUCAAGACAGAGACCCACAAGCCGAAUCACCACUUGGAACCAGUGUACCAGCCACAAACCUUCCUGGACAGGGACUAUUGCCUGCCGCAGAGCACGGGCUACAACUACCUGGACCCCAACUACUUCCCAGCCAACAGAUGACAGGGUCCAAGGCACCCCUAACUCCAGGCUCUCUCCACAUAUCCCACAGGCCACUCUGUGCAUGGCUCCAUCCUCCAAGUCCAAGAUAACCGCUUAACCCGCCGCCAGGCAGGAAGGCCAGCAGGCAGGCAGGCAGCCAGGGGCCUCAGAGCAGACCACAGUGCUGGUGGUGGGGGGGCCGUUGGUAACUGGCCUCCCUGACUAACUCGAGCAAGGGCGGCCAUGUUGGUUCCUCAGAGCGGGGGCCUCGCUCCACCUCAGCCAGGUUAAUCAAUGGAUCUCUGAUUUAAAAUGAUACACUAUUUAAAAAAAAACAAACAAAAGAAAACAAAAAAACAAAAACAGAAGGCACACCGACAUUCCUGAGCUCUGUAACUCCAGGAGGGGCUGUGUUUGUCCCUGUUUCCCUCCUCCCGUUGCCCUCCAAUACCUCCCUGUGCUGCUUUCAAACUGGAGAACUGACUGUCAGUCUGGUGUCAGCACCACCUAAUGGAAGCGUGCGGCUGACCAGUGUGUCAUAGUGGACCUUAACUCAUCAACUGAGAUACACAUGGGUGGUUAGUAUGUGUGUAUGUGGUCUCCGUGUUAUGCAAGAGUGAAAAAAUGUCCUAGCUAGGUAAUCGUAGAUUGAGUAUUUAUGAGUCCGACUUCCUCAGUGGAAGUUAGGCUGCUGCAGAAGAAUUUGGGCAGUGUUUUUUGGGCGGUGGAACUUGGUGUCGAGACGGCGUCUUUGGCUUCAGACCGAGUAGGAAAUCGUUCGCAGGAGCUUUGCCGGUCCAUGGACAUUCAAAAGACAAACCUGUUUGUGUUAAACGGACUUUGCGCCAUGUCAACAUGGGGCUAACCUACCACUGUCACUCGACGCUGCUCUCUACCCCCCCCUCACUUUUCACCGUCUCUCACAAACACACACACACACAAACACACACACAAUCUCACAUUUGUCAUCUCUGUUUCCUUUUUAAAUGUUUCAGCUCCCCCUCACUCUCUCUCUCUGUCUCUCUCUCUGUCUCUCUGUCUCUCUCUCUCUCUCUCUCCCUCCCUCCACUAAACAGUCUGUGACAAAGAAGCACUACAGCUUGGAGAGCUAAUAUUGUUGAAGGCAGAUGUGCAGGCGAAUGGGAAUGUAUGGAAAAAUGUAGAAGACUGUUUUUUGUUUUUCUGUUGUCCCCCCCCUCCCCCCAAUGUGUGCUGUUGUUGAUCAUGUUGAGUAUACAAGUAUAUGGUGAAAAGUAGCCAGCGCUAGUUGCUGUGUGCCAUUUAAAAAAUAAAAAAAAAAGUUUUUUUUUUUUUUUGUUGUUGGGGAGGGGAAAUUCCACCUUUGAACUUGGCCACAUCUUCUCCUUUCCUGCGUGGAACCAUUGCCCCACGUCAAAUUGACCCAAUUAUCAUGCCUCUAGAUCCUCCUUAAUUUGUAAGUCCACUUAAAGGUCCAUUUAAAAAAAAGAUUGUAUUUUUAUUAAUCUAUUUAAAAAGAAGAAUUGAGGUAGUGGUUGCUGCCUCUACAGUGGAACUACCCACGCAAUUUUAUACACAUAGAUUUUGUUGUGCUUGAGUAGACACCAUUUUGUAUGGUUUUCGUUUCGUCUCCUUCCCUCACCCCCCUUGCCCCGCUUCAGUAUCUGUGUAUAACAGUCUGUUCUUAUGUAAAAAAAAAAAAUAAUAAUGUAAAAAAAAAAAAAUGCUAGAGGAGAACCGUGGAAAUAAAAG